AUGGCCGCCGCACAGAACCACUUCGGCUCGCUCAUCUUCUGCUCGCGGUGUUCGACCCUGCUCGACUUGCCAGGCGACGAGGACCAACUGGUGUGCGAUGCAUGCGGGCAGGUGGAAGACGCGACGGUGUACGAGGGCAAGGUCAUCACGACCAAGUCGAACCCGGCUGCGUUCCCUUCUUCGCUGCGACAACUGAAGACCAGUUUGGUCAAGAACCGAGGAGACGUGGAGAAGAAGAAGGUCUACGUCGACGAGACGUGUGAGAAGUGCGGCGCGAAACAGAUGUCGGUCAAGACGAUGCAGUUGCGGUCUGCAGACGAAGGAGCAACCGUCUUCUACUCGUGCGACAAGUGCGGCUACCAGACCCGUCUCAACAACUAG